CAGGGCCUGGCAGGCUGACAUGCCAGCGAUCAGCUGGGAGGCGAGGAGGGUCAGCUCCUCAGUCAGCUGUUCGCGCUCGCACCGACAACAUCGCGCUCACGUGCGGGCUCUCUCACGUUCAUUAUCUUCCCUGUUCCCCCUCCAUCCAGCUAUCUUAUAUUAUGACUAGUGCUGUCUGAAAUCCCAUCGGCGACGUGAUGGCAUUGAGUGCCUACGAAUUGCUCUGCUGUGAAGCCCGAGCGGAAUCGGGUCUUUUGCACGCUCACGAAGAUCUGAUCAUGUUGGACGACGAUCGGGUGUUACAGAAUCUCCUGGUGACCGAAGAGAACUAUAUUCCCCCUUGCUCCUACUUCAAGUGCAUUCAACGUGAUAUCAAGCCUCACAUGAGGAGGAUAGUCGCAGAUUGGAUGCUUGAGGUAUGCGAGGAGCAGGCUUGCAGCGAAGAAGUGUUCGUCCUGGCCAUGAACAUCCUGGACCGAUUCCUCUGCCUGGUGGAGAUCCAGAAGUCGCAGCUUCAACUGCUGGGCGCCGUCUGCCUCUUCCUCGCGUCCAAGCUGAAGGAGACCCGACCCCUCAGCGCGCGCGCCCUCGUCAUAUACACCGCCAACAGCAUCACCUUGAACCAACUCCUCGACUGGGAGAUCCUCGUGCUGGCGCGGUUGAAAUGGGACCUGAACGCGAUCACGGCGCACGACUUCGUCGACUACAUGGUCAGGAAGUUACCCUCCUCAGACGCUCCUGACACCCCCAUGGUCAAGAGGCACGCCCGCAUCUUCAUCAACCUCUGCGCCACUGAAGAAUUCCUUGGAGCUGCG